AUGGAUUAUCAUAAUAAUACAAAAAUUAUAUGCUAUAAUCAUCAUUUUAUGGAAUUCUCAUUGCCAGUUCUGGAGGUUCAGAUUGGUCUCAUUUUCAUUAUGAGUCAUAUGUUUCAUUUCGUUCUCAAGCGUGCGGGAAUUUCUUUGAUUGUCUCCUCCAUGAUUACUGGAAUAAUACUUGGUCCUACAUUUCUUGGGAAAUAUGAAUUUGUGAGAAUGAAAUUAUUUCCUCCGGACAGUCAAGCAACACUCAACUUACUAUCUACACUCGGAACUUACAUAUUCCUAUUUUUAUCAGCCGUGAAAAUGGAUCCCGGAUUAGUAUUGAAAACGGGCAACAAGGCGAUGAUGAUCGGAAUCGGAUCAGUAAUAUUCCCCAUUCUAAUCGGUCACGGUUAUAGAAAAAUAGUAGACAAAAAUAAUAUUUAUCGUGGUGAUGCUGAUGUUAUAGAAUUACAAUCAGUCACAGCAUUUCCUGUUAUUUCUCACCUAAUUGAUCAUCUCAAACUCAGCAAUUCGGAACUCGGACGGCUAGGGCUUUCGUCAGCAUUAGUAGCGGACAUGACGGGUGUUGUCGCCUCAUCGAUCAGUUCUUUCAUUAGGGCUACCCCAUUCGGAUGGAAUACUGUGAAUAAUCGUUUAGUAAUCGUUGUCUUUAUAAUUGCCUUAGCUUUCACUUUCAAACCCUUGAUGCUACGGGUAAUUCGUAACACUCCGGCUGGAAAACCGGUGAAUAGCUUUUGGAUUUGGAUCACAAUGGCGCUCGCCUUUUUAUCUACAAUGUUGUUUUUUAAAUUCGACCAGGGUUCGCAUUUAGGUCCGUUUAUUAUUGGGUUUUUUGUACCGUCUGGACCGCCGUUAGGUUCUGCCUUCAUCGAGAAAUUUGAAGCUAUGACAUUGGGUAUUCUUUUGCCCGUCCAAAUCGCAACCCUAAUGAUGAGGGUUGAUUUGAUUGUCGUCCUUACCGAAUAUAGCGAAAUGUAUUAUUAUAUUUCGAUUAUAGUUCUUAUUUUCGCAGUCAAAUUCGCAGCUUGCUUGAUUCCUACAAUGCUUUCUAAGAUGCCAUUAAUUGAUUCUUUAGCACUUGCUUUCAUCAUGAGCUGCAAAGGUUUCAUCGAGUUGGCCAUAUAUGUUGCUAUGGAAGAAGUUGGGAGCAUCAAAAAACAAGUAUUUGGAAUUGCAGCUUUAUCCAUAUUGAUCAGCUCAACAGUUUCUCCAGUUCUUGUCACUAUCCUAUACAACCCUUCAAGAAAAUAUGCAGGUUACCAAGCACGAAACGUUUCAAGUUUAAAACCCGAUUCGGAGCUUCGAAUUCUGACUUGUAUCCAUAAACCCGAAGACGUAGUUUCGGUCAUAAGAUUUCUUGAAACUUCUCGUUCGACAAAACAAAACCCUAUCUGUGUUUAUGUUCUUCAUCUUAUCGAGCUAAUCGGUCGAGCCACACCUGUUUUUUUAACUUACCAAAAGAAUAAACCCGUUUCGAAUCUCUGCUCGAAAAACGUCAUUUUCUCCUUCAAUCACUACAUAAGAAAUUAUAACACGAGCGCUGCAUCUGUAAAUAUGUUUACAGCAAUUUCUCCAACUAAAUUGAUGUAUGAAGAUAUAUGUACGCUUGCUCUUGAUAAGCUAACGUCUCUUAUACUAAUACCGCUUCAUCAGAAAUGGUCUGAAAUUAACCCUAUUAUCGACACGGAAAAUCUUAGGUUACGGACUUUAACUUGCAGCGUUCUUGAAAAAGCUCCUUGUUCUGUUGGGAUAUUUUUCGACGGAAGUAAACUACGUAAGACACCAAUGAAAGCAUCGAAAGGACCGUUUUUUAACUUGUGUAUGGUGUUUUUAGGAGGUAGAGAUGACCGCGAGGCAUUGACAUUAGCGAAACGAAUUGCGAACAAUUCAUCAGCAAGAUUUACAGUUAUUUAUUUUAGUUCCGAUGAUAAUGAUAGGAGUGUUGAAGGGAAAAUCGAAUGGGAAGACAAAAUUAUCGAUGCAAGAGCAAUCAACGACAUCAAGAAUUGUGCCCGAACUAAUAAAUUUAUAGAUUUUCAAGAACAUAGAGUGAAAGAUGGAGCUCAAACUGCAUUAGUUAUUCAUUCUAUAGCACAAGAUUAUGAUCUUUUUCUAAUUGGAAGACGAUAUGGAGUUGAAUCGGCUCAAACGAUAGGAUUAUCGCAAUGGAGUGAAGAUCCGGAGCUAGGGACAAUGGGAGAUUUGCUUACCUCUAAGGAAGUGUGUAAUGGAGCUUCAGUUUUGAUAGUGCAACAGCAAAGAAGAUGA